AUGGCCUUCGAUGCCGACACUCAGUCGGAUGUGCGGGAAAGGAAAUUCUUCGAAUGCCGUUGGUGGUGCAUGACAAUGGCGAGGGCGGGCAGAGCCAAUUUCGCAGAGAGUGAUGUCUACGAUAUCGUCAGUGCAAACCUUCGAGAUUUGUUUCUGCACUGCCGCGACGUGGAUGCAUCCGUGCGGCGGUCCGCUCACCAUGUUAUCUGGGCUCACGCCGCCGGCAGCCAUCAUUUUGUUCAGCAAAUAAUUGCAGACGUCACGCUUGGAUUGAUGGACAACCUACUGCCAGAGCCCGCCGAACUUGUGGAGUGCUCAGAGCCUCUUGAAUUUGUUAUCCGCGCACUGACGAAGCCUCAGCGCCAGAAGUGGGUAUCUUUGCUGGUCAGAGUCCUCGAGGUCCUACAAGGUCAGAGUAUGACGGCCGUGAAGGAACAGGCCGUGAUGGAGCACCUGGCGUUCCUAUGGUGGGCUGAUGAGGAUCCUAGAGGAAGCUACUGA